GGACAAUUACAUGCCAACAAAACGCAUAUAACCGAAAAACUAUUUUAACUUUUAUAAAUAAAGUUAGAUUUGAAAAAAAAUAAAAAAUAAAACUAAAACAAGACGGUAAAAUAGCCAUCUUUAAUUUGGGCAAAAAAAAAUUAACUCCGCGUGAAAUAGCCAUUGCGGUUAAGGGCAUCUUUUGGGACGGUUUUACCUCAAAGCGCGUAAAACAGUCAUUUUAAUUCGAGGCAGCUUGCUUUUAUCAACUGCUUCUGUUUUUAAAUUUCGAAACGAAACCCGUUUAAAAGCUAAUAUCCGCCCUCUUUUCGCCCAAACGUUUCGGUGGAAGUUAAGGGCAAGGCGAAGCUGCACAGGGCGCCAUCUUAACGAGUGGCAGCGGGAGCGAGUCGGUCGCUCUGUCUGAAGAGGAUGCUCGGGGCUGCCCGUGUUCUGCCUGUUUCUCGGUCCUGCAGCCAGGCAUGGCUUCUAAGGACCCAAAGCUUUCCACUCUAUUCCAAGGACCCCAGUGGGGCUGCCCUCUCUCAGUGCCUGUCUGAAAUAAGACCGCCGAAGGACCCCAAAGGUGACCUGGAUAACUGCCAGAGUUUUAAGAAACGCCUGUCUCGAGGAUGGUGCGAGGACCCCUGUGGGGCUGCCCUGUGGAACUGCCUGUCUCGAAGGAGAUACAGCAGUGGAACUAUGGUUUUAAAGGACCCCAGCUGGGCUGCCCUGAAAGACUGCCUGUCUCCGGAGAAUGAGGCGCGAUGCAGGCGGGAGCUGGCUAGCAACGGGGUCCUUUAUACUGGGGGCAGGACUGUGAGGACUGGCAGUGGUACUGGGAGCUCUGGCAGUGGUACUGGGAGCUCUGGGAGAGAGACUGGGAGCUCUGGGCUGCGGGCUGCAGUUCUGGUCUCUCUGUGUACAGUGGGGGGUCAGCCAGCCUUCCUCCUCACCCUGAGAUCCAGCAAACUCACAGGGAGACACAAGGGAGACGUGAGCUUCGCAGGGGGGAAGGCGGACCCAGUGGACCGUGAUGUCAUUGAGACCGCGCUGCGGGAGGCGAGAGAGGAGCUGGGCGUGCGAGUGAGAGAGAGGACAGUGUGGGGGCUCAUGAGACCCCUGAGAGACUGGUCCGGGAUGGUCAUCGCUCCUGUAAUAGCAAACCUCGGCCCCUUGGAGGCGCUGCCUCUCAACCCCAACCCAGACGAGGACGAGCCGUACUUGAGAAACACAGAGGCAGCGGGACCGGGGACCAGUCCAUCCGUCCUUCGAGCCGCCGCUGCAAACAAGACCGCCGGACCGGACUGAGAGCGGCGAGAGAGGAGAGAGGGUCCGGUCCACCUGCCCGCCGGGCGCCGUCACCUGUGCGGGUACCCGGGGGCUCCACACACACAGGGGGGGGUGGAUGGGAGGGGGUAAAUUAAUUCUCUUGAUGACACUGGGUUACAUUUCACUGCUAGAACUUCUGAAACUAAACCACUAUGGAAUUCACUUUCCAUUUCAAAUCGCUUUUGAGUCUGUGUCCACAGUUUUGUAGAUAGUCUCAAGAAAAUUUAUCUCUAUAUAUAAUAUAGAGAGAGAGAGGGGGAGAAGAGAGAGGAGAGAGAGAGAGCAAG